UAUUUGACAAAACGUUAACUGGCGGUUAACUAAAAUUUUAUUUUCUUGUUUCUUUCCCUUUGGAUGUAUGAGAUUUCCAACGGUUUUAUGUUUCAAUACUUCUCUUUCAGAUGUCCGGACCUUUUGACAUGUAAGACUUCAGUGGGAACUAUUUUUGACAGGAAUUGUAUUACUAUUGGCAUAUAAUGAAUCAAAAUGAAAAUUUGACUUUGAUUCUGGAUACAGAAGAACAGAUACAAGAACUUAAAAUGCUCUCUCAUCACGAAAAAUUAUUUUACUUGUUUUACUUAUUAUUUCAAGAUUCCAAUACUCUAUUCCAUAUUCGAAACUUUACAGUAACUAUAAGUUUCGUAACGAAAUUUACCUUUUCCUUAGUAUUGGAAACAUCCUUAUUUUUACUUUUUUUUUGUAGUUAUAGAAGGGUUUUGAUUGGGGAGAUUGGAGACGAUCUCAGUUUCUUCAAAACUUCUUGUUAUUGGACAGAUUAUUUUUUGGAGUCCUUAAACGUGUAGAAUUUCAGUAAGAGGCUCCCUUUAUUGGGAUUAUUUCGUUUUAAGGAAAAAGUUUCAUUUUUACAGACUUUUUCAAAU